AUGUCCUAUUCACAGUGCAAAUCGCUCUUGGUUUUCUUUUACUAUGUCUGGAACACGGCUGCUCUCGAUCUUGUCCCAAUCCCCGCUCAACAUCCGUCCCUGCUACUCAAGCGUCAGGCAGACAACACGCAGGAGUCCGACGACGGCCUUGGGGUGGAACUGGUUGACUUCGAGAGCUUCUACUGGGGCGGCCAUGGAGGCGAUAAUCUCAUCUACGCAAACCUGACGCUCCUCUAUAAGGAUGAGUUUGAGUCUAUCAUCAACAUGGAGCGGUUUGACGGCCUUCUUCAGGCUGUCGCGUGUGAACAGCCCAUGACUCUGGAGUUCAGGGACGAGCCGUCUUUCACCCAGGCCAGCACAAUCUGGAACUGGGUCAACGACGAUGUCAACAACACCUUCGUCAUGGUGACCGAGAGGUGCGGCACCGGCGCAGAUGUAGACCGCCAACCCUUUCUCGUCCGCAAGAUAAAGUUUGAUGUGCCAAGCUUUAAGGUGUUCCUCGAUGCCGAGCCCAAGGACUGGAUCGACGUGGCCAAGAACUACACGUUCCACAUUGGCUACGCGCCAGCAGUCAAUGCCACUCCUACUCUUGAUCGCCGCGGUCCAGACUUUACCCUGAGUCUGGCGAGCAGCUUCAACAGGAACCUGUUCCACCAGAAGGUCUCGGGCUUGGACCUCUCGGUCGACUGCUCGCACUGCGGCACCACCGGGCGGUUGCUCGUUGACUUUGACCUCGACGUUGGCUGGAAGGGCCCCAAGCUCUCGAUGAAGGUGAACCCGCAAGACGUGGCUGCCUUUGUCCAGCUGACCAUGUCGGCCGAGGGGACGCUCUCCAAAGCCCUCCGCUGGGAAAAGACGCUGGUGUCGAUCUCGAUUGAGGGCAUCAAGAUCAAUAAGAUUGGCAAGAUUGGUGCUUUCCUAGACAUUGAGGUCGGCCUCAGUCUUGACGAGUGGACGGGCGAAGUUGAGACCAGCUUCGGGGCCCAGAUGGCGCUCUCCAAUGCUGCUGUCAUUGACGUCAAAGUCUUUGACUUUGCUCACGGCAGGUUCUCUGGAUGGGAUCCGGCACUCACAGCCCUGCCAUUUACACUCGGAGCCAAAGUAGCCGGCUCGGUGCAGCUCUACGCCCAGCCCUCAAUAUCACUCAGCGCCGAAGCCCUGAACCACGGCCUAGAGCUGAGCCUCGACCUUCGAAUGCCCUAUGUCGAAAUCGACUUUGCCGCAGUUGCAAGCUCGAGCGGCGUGUGUAGGACGCAAAAGUCGGCCGGUGUUAAUCUCGACGCAUCGGCGGGGGUUGACCUGUCGGUUUAA